GGAGGAGCGGCUUUGCGCGGGAAGUUCAGCCACAGUAACACGACUUCCACGAAAGGCAACUACGCCGUCCUCGUUGCAACCACGACCACGACCUCGACCACAACCUCGGCACGGGAUAUCUUCGUUUAUCAGUGGACAAUGCACGCACGCACGGACUCAUGGUCUCAACGCAUGUGGCUCGUGUCUCCGGGCCAGAUCAUUGGCUCUUUGCCUACCGAUUGAGUUCAUGGCAUAUCGUGGCGGCUCAAACCGCUCGAAAUUUGAGCCUUCUCUAGCCUCCGCGUUAUGAACGAGGCUGUCGAUCUCUUCAUGAAAGUCGCGUUGCGCAGGGCGGGCGCGGCUGCGUUUCCCAUAUCUUCUUCCUCGUACCUGGUUCUCCGACUCCCCCACCCGCUCCCGCCUAUACCGGUCGCGUACCACCCCGACAUGGCUGCCCCCUUGGCGGACGACUGCGCUCACAUGCUCUCCAGAGAGUAUAAAUGGGACAGACCCCUUACCAGAUGGGAAUCACUUCCCCGCCUCCGGCUGGAACCUCACCGUAUCAUGUUCGACUGCUUGCUUUGCGGUUUCACGAAUACACUUGGGUAUACAUGCCCAUGGUGUUUGAGUGCAUGCAAGUCUAGACCUUUUGCCGCCACAACCGCGCGCCGGCGCAUCAGUUGCCCGCAGCUCCUAAGCGAAACGCAGCGGAAGCACAUGAGGAGGAUGGAAACGCGCCCUGCCAUGGCGACCAGACCCACCUGUGCUGUGUCAGGCCUACGGCCGGGAUGCGGGGCGACACGUGUCCGCGUCACCCCGCGCGCAACGACGCGUCGACAGAAGCAUCGCAAAGCAGGCAUUCACUCGACCGCCGAUAUAGUUGCUGCGAUAACCUAUGAUGUCGAGGCAGAGUUAAAGCCAUUCUUGAAAGAACUAAUAAGCAUGUAUGACGACGAACAUCCAAGCCCUAUCAUGCCCAACGAACCUGUCAAGUUAUCCAUGCAAAGCCGACCGGACCACAACAAGUUGGACGAUACCAAGAGCGUCGAUGCGUCAUCCACUUCCGCUUCGUCUCAGCGGACCUUGCGGAGGAAACAAAGGAUGGCUAUGUUGCGCAAGCGUUCGUCGCGUUCGUUGCGAAAGCGGUCAAUGCCGUUGCUGUCCUCGAAGACGUCUUCCAAACUUGUGGACGACUACGGCCCGGUAGUCCCGGUGCAAGCAGUACUGCCAUCCCGGUCACCUUCGCCGUCGUCGGCGCCCUUCGUGCCACUAGGCCAUCCCGAGCGUCCCCUGUACACAGCGAUACGGAAGAGCAUGACUCCCCCCGGACUACCACCAGCGCCUCGCUCUGACGUAGCGAACGCUUCCCUGCACGCCGUCCUGCUGGAGCGCGGCGCAAAGUCUCUCGAUAUGCCUCGGCCUGCAACCAUUGGACGCUCGCAUCGACUUCGCGAACCCGUACCCGCGUCGGACUGGACGGCUGGCUGCUCCAUCACAGGAGAAACAGAACUACGCAUGGACCUUGCGCGGUGUCGUUCUGCAGAUGUCGUAACGUCCAGAGGGCGCGAGGCGAACCCGGGAGGAGUCAGGGAGAAAGUCAAGAACUUGGGGAAGGGUCUCAGAGAACUCCUGACGAGGCGAACGUGACCCUUCGUCGUUCCCAGCUCUGUUUUGCGUUUCCCGGGUCUGAUAACUUACGUG